GGGCAGCGAAGGCAGACGAGCAGCGAAGAAUGGGGAGCGCUGCUAACGACGCUCGGCUGUUAGCGUGAAACAUCAGUAACAACAAGUAACGCCGAAAACCUCACAUUAAGCUCCGGGCAUUCGUGUACGUUUGGCGUGACAGAUACACGAACUGCGGCCGGAUCGUCUGGAUUUACCACAGCGAAGGUCUUCCACCUUCCCCUUCCUGUGACAAAUGUUGAGGCCAGAGAUCAGCCUGUACGACAACUGCUAGAGGUGACAGGGUGAGGACGGGAAGGAGUGUUGGUUAGCUGUACCAGGUUUUGUCUCAUGAGAGUGACUGCGCCAUCCAGGCACUGCCAGUGACCAGGGCUGUGGCGGGCCCGGCCCAGGAGGCCUUUUUGUACAUCACUUCAGGCUCCUGCUGACCUGAGCUGCUCACACCAUGGAUCAACAAAGAGAUAAAUAUGGUGAGCGGCCUGCCAGGACCACGAAAGUUUCCCAGGGCAGCCGCAGCGGACACUCGUCCCGACCAUCUGGCUCUUCAAGCUCCUCUGGGGUCCUCAUGGUGGGGCCAAAUUUUCGUGUGGGCAAGAAGAUUGGCUGUGGAAACUUCGGUGAAUUGAAGCUUGGUAAAAAUCUCUACACCAAUGAGUAUGUAGCUAUUAAACUGGAACCAGUGAAGUCGAGGGCACCACAGUUGCAUUUAGAGUACCGGUUCUACAAAACACUGGGCAAUACAGCAGAGGGCGUGCCCCAGGUGUUCUACUUUGGGCCCUGUGGGAAAUACAAUGCCAUGGUUCUGGAGCUGCUGGGCCCGAGUCUAGAGGACCUCUUUGACCUUUGUGACAGGACCUUUUCACUGAAGACUGUCUUAAUGAUAGCAAUUCAGCUGAUUUCUCGAAUGGAGUAUGUGCACUCUAAAAACCUCAUCUAUAGAGAUGUAAAACCUGAAAACUUUCUCAUCGGACGGCAAGGGAAUAAAAAGGAACACAUUAUCCACAUCAUCGAUUUUGGCCUGGCCAAAGAGUACAUCGACCCCGAGACCAAAAAACACAUUCCAUACCGAGAGCAUAAGAGUUUGACUGGCACUGCCCGAUAUAUGUCCAUCAAUACACAUUUAGGCAAAGAGCAAAGCCGGCGAGAUGACCUGGAGGCCUUAGGCCACAUGUUCAUGUAUUUCCUCCGUGGGAGUCUACCUUGGCAAGGACUAAAGGCUGACACGUUGAAAGAACGAUACCAGAAGAUCGGAGACACAAAACGAAACACUCCCAUUGAGGUCCUCUGUGAGAACUUCCCAGAGGAGAUGGCCACCUACCUGCGUUAUGUGAGACGGUUGGACUUCUUUGAAAAGCCAGACUAUGAAUAUCUGAGGACUCUGUUCACUGAACUGUUUGAGCGAAAAGGAUACACCUUCGACUACACUUACGACUGGGUUGGCAGGCAGAUACCCACACCAGUGGGGUCUGUCCAUAUAGACUCUGGAGCAUCUGCUGUUACAAGAGAGAGCCAUCCCCACAGAGACCGGCCCUCACAGCACCCACCAAUUAGAAAUCAGACAGCGGUCUCAGAUCGACGAGGAGCAUGGGAGGUGCAGCCCACACGCCAAGCAAACUCCUCGUAUCUGACCUCCCACCUGGCAGCGGACAGGCACGGGGGCUCAGUACAGGUGGUCAGUUCAACCAACGGGGAGCUGAAUGCAGACGAUCCGCUGGCGGCUCAUUCCAACGCUCCGAUUACAGCUCAGGCAGAGGUGGAAGUGGUCGAUGAGGCCAAGUGCUGCUGCUUCUUCAAGCGAAAACGGAAGAAGAACACGCAGAGGCACAAAUGAUCAUCCACCACCGGCCUGAAACGUUCGAGUGUCCGGCUCAGUUGAUUGUGAUUUCAGAAAUCAAUAAGGUCCCAUUCAGAAUAAAAGAGGGAGACAACUGAAAGAUCUUGAUUGAAUUGCCCUCUGGAGGGACCAGUUAAAAAAAAAAGGUUGAUUGAGAUGUACAAGAUGCUUGUGUCUUUUGAUGGGAGUCCUAUUUUAAAUUUUUCUUUUUUCUUUUUUUUUUCCUCCUCCAAGAUGUGUGGGAAUGUUUUGCAGGCCAGUUGGCCAAAUGGGGAACCUAUUUGUUGGAAAGUUGCAGAGGAUAAUCUUGGGGAUUUUUUUUUUUUUUUUUUUUUUUUUUUGUUUGUUUUUUUUGUUUUUUCCUCCUCAAAACGCCCAACAUUUGUAUUUUUCUCUCCUCGUUUUUGGCUUAUUUGUUUUACCGUUUCUCUUCUGUGGUAUUGCAAAGGAAGAGACAGAUCUUCCUGUGGGAUCUUGCCACCUUUAACCUGUUGCAUACUAUGACUUUUUUUGUUUGACUCACAAAGUCAUAUUUUUAUUUCCCCUCUGUCGAGUCCCAGUUCAGAGUGGUUUGCCUGUUGUUAGUUUGCUAACUCAUUUUUGACACAAAGCCCUUUUGGUCAUUCCUGACAUGGGGCUGAAUGUAAACCUGAACACACGAGGAGCCAAGAGUGUAACAGAGAGCAUCAGUCUGCUGGCCCCUGCACUUUUUUCCUCCAAAGAGGUCAACCCUGGCACUGGGACCCGGGCCUGAGAGAACAGAAGACCAGAGACGUCUCCUGCACUGUGUUCUCUGAGGAUGAUUUCUGCUCACGCUGCUUGGUUAAAGCACUCCCCUUAACCACGCUGCUGUCAAAACACACUACAGUCUCUUUUGACUCUCAUGCAGUUUUGCUCCUGUUGGCUUUGUGAUGACGAGCAGCAACCUGACACCUGUAGAUGUGGCUGAAAAAAAAAUGCUAUUUAUGCUAUUUAUCUCUUGGUUGCCACCAGUUUUCUUACUAAUUCUAAAACAUACACACUGAAUGUAUGGACAGAAAAGUAAAUGACUUUGGAGCAUUCAUAUAAUCAGUUAUGCGCAUGGAAAGGAAAUUGCAAUUAAGGAGUUAAGACCAAUGUUUAAAAAAGGAAAAAAAAAAGUGAGACCAAAAUUAAGUGGAUUUGUGGGUUGGGAUAGUCUUAAUUGUUCUUGAUCUUAAUAAUGUGAUGGUAAAUAAUGAACUCUGCACCAGUAGACGCUGGGGGAUGUUGCUUUGGAGCGACAAGAGAAACUGGCGUGAUGUGCUUUGGAGACUGAAUCACAGCCUCUCGACGCUACAGUCCAAUGCCUUAACCCCAAUCAGUCGACCACCACACCGCACCGCACCACACGACACCACACCACACCACCAGUUGGACAAACAAGCUGGCAGCACGAUGGUUGUGAGAUUUGCAGCGCAAUUUUUGGGGUCACCUGUAUAAUAAAGCCCCAGACUGUUCUCAGCUAGUAUCAGAGCAGUUCACGACCUCCCGUGUCUGAAGAUGUAUUCACAAGAGAGCAAUGCCAAAUGUAAGGUUUGGUGUAAUAAUCUGUAAUGGUGUUAAGAUGUCCCUGCCCCUGCGUGUCCAGUCUGAAGACCCCUGUGCUGCAAAGCGAUGUUUGAUGUUUGGGUCCUUCUCCUCGAUGCAGAGCGAGAAAACCUUAUGUCAUCGUGAGGGCGUAUAAAAACAUGUCCAUACCAUUGUUUUUAUUUUUAUUUAGUGUCAUGGAGGACUGCCUUGAAACAAUAUCCUCGAUAACGUCACCUUGCCUAUCCUCCUAACAGAGAGUGAAUUACCGUACAUAGUUGUUUUAUUUUUUUAUUUUAUAUCUUGCUAAUGUGAAUUUUUUUGAAUGCAAUUUUUUUUUCCAUUCCAAAUAGCCAUGGUUUUAUGGGGAAAGAGGGUAACAAAAAAAAAAAGAAAAAAAAAAAAGCUCAAAACCAUGACUGCACUACAUUUGUUGACCCCGGCUUUCCCUGACAAGACCCUGCCUUCUUAAUACUGUACUUUAAACGUGCUUAUUACUUUAAUUGUAGCUGCCUCGUGUGCUAGGCCUUCCCUAUAGGGUGCAGGGAAUACACUUUAAAUUGAUUUUAUUCCCGCCCACUCCUUUUUUUUUGUGCCAUGACACCCUCCUUCCAACCCACUCCUCUCUGCACAUACACACACACACACAUCCAUGCAAGUCCUAGAUGAAUCGACUCUCAGUGGAGUGUUAGAUUUGGCAUUUUGUGGACCUGCUCCAUCAUCUUUAGAAAUACAAUGUUGUAGAUGUUGCAAACUAUCUCAAUGAAUCAGUAUGUAAACCUGCUUGUUGCGUGUAUUUACACUGUAUAGCUUUUGGUUUUAUUCUUGCCCCUGACAUGUCAGUUACUCCAGGGUCUAAGUUAUUGUGUUAUUGAAAGUACUUGAAUAUGAAAAUCUAUGGGACCUUUUCUGUUUGUUUUUGUUUUUUUUGUUUUUUUUUAUUUUAUUUUCUGGGUCAUUAAUAAUUCCACACAUAGGAUUUGAGAGGAAUGGUGGGAAAACAGGCUAUAUGAAUGACAGGUAUUCAUUUCUUUAAGAUGUCUUAGUGCCUCUUGAGUGUGUUGGACAGGUGAAGACUCACCUGUGGAGUCCUGUACCAGCUGGUGUUAAAUGACGAGACGAGGCUUGGGUCAUUAGCUUUACCAGGAGAGGUGCAGUUGGUUGGAUGCUGGUUUGGAGUUUAUCACCCUUUUGUCUCUGUGAAACAUUCAUUGUAGUGUAUUUUUAUCUGGUGAGGGUGAACCCCCCCCCCCCAUGUUUCAGACACCAAACCUGUGACAUCUGGUGCCUGUGAUUCUCCCUGUAAAGCAUCAGCGGAACCUGGAGUGUUUUAUUCCAGCUGCCUGAGAAAAGUCGAAAGUAUUCCCGUGUAGUGAGAUGGAUAUCAAGACUAUACAGCCUUCAGUGUUUUCCCCCUAAAUUCCUCGAGUGCCAUUCCUGAGACUACUACUAGCCCAUGCCUUUUACCUGUGCCAGAAAUAUAUGAAAUUGAAUGUUUUUUUGACCAUUGCAUUCCACCUUGUGUCCUUGACGUGUCCGCUGUCAUUUUGAAAUAUCGCAGAGCAGCUUGGCUCAAUUCAGUACCAGGAAGUGUUGGAGAGUGUCGGUGAAAGUGUUUUACGAGUCUUAUCUGUUGGUUUCUUUCUUUGACGUCGUAACGCAAAAGAACCCGACCAGGUUUAUUAUUUCAGAGUUGAAUUUGUGACUAGUCAUCGUUGCAGCAUCUGUUUCCUUAUCGUCAAACUGUGGGUCGCCUCACUCUUUAGCUCACGGCUGAAAUGAUAGAUACAGACAUGUUACUCUGAUGUAUUUACUUUUUACUCUCUGGGCCUCGUACGGAGCGAUAUAGGAGAACUCUGUAUGAUUUGUAUCUGCAUGGCUUAUGAGGAGACGACAGUGAUCGGUCUCUCUCCGGUGAAUUUUCUCUCCUGUGGGACUCAUACACUGUUGGGUCACCGAGACAUUAUGGCUUCCAGUCUUCAUGUAAAAUAAAAUAACAUUUUCAUGUCUUCUCGCAGCACAUUCCAUUUCAGUUCCCAUUAUUUCUCAUACAGUUCUCUCCGGUCAGACUUGUAUUUAUGGCUUUGGUUGUGUGUAACUCAUCCCUGUGUGUCAAAGCUGUGUAAAUCAAAGCAAAGGACAGUUAAAGUGUGAAUGAAUGGCUUAGGUCUUUUUGGGUUCUCUGGCACUUUUUCCUUGUUGCUGUACUGUAGAAUUGUCUUGGAUUUACUGUAUAUUUUUCUUUGAGGGAGAGGUUUAGGGUGACAUUUACUGCAAUAUUGUGAUGAUUAUUUGAAAAUUGUAAAUUGUACAGUGUUCACAAUUGUAGUCUUUGUUUUUUUUCUGUUGGGAUUCCAUAUAAAAGAUGUAUUCUUUGAUUUUUUUUUUUCUCUCAGACUGUGGAAAAUCACAUUGUACAGCUCCAAGAGUUUAUCCUCCCCUCAGCAUUGUUUUGUUUUUUUCAGAGCUAUGAUUAAGAGAAAUCUUAAAACUGUAAAUAAAUAUUAUUGUGUUGAAAUAUGAAUGUCACUUCAAAAAUGUAUUCGAAUGAGUUAGUCAAGGGCUUCAAGAAUGAAGGACCCACAUUUUUUUCUUUUUAUGGUUUCAUAAUUUUUAAUUUGCAGAAAGGUAAAGGUCCUUUUUAUCUGAGAUGCCUGUUUUUUUUUUUUUUCAUAUAAUACAAUGUGUCACACAUGAACCUUAUAAAAUCACUUUUUAUUCCCUCCACACCUAAAGGGAAACUCCAGUUUGCACCCUUUUUUAUGUAAAAUAAAAGAUCUCUCCACCUUG